AUGUUUUCCAGAACAUUGAUCAGUAAUGCUCGUUUGAGCUUACGUGCUGUUCCAUCAUUAACUCGUUCAGCUGCCACUUUCAACCGUUCAAAACCACAUUUAAACGUUGGUACCAUUGGUCAUGUUGAUCAUGGUAAGACUACUUUAACUGCUGCCAUUACUAAACGUUUAGCCGAAAGUGGUGGUGCUAACUUCUUAGACUAUGCCUCAAUUGAUAGAGCUCCAGAAGAAAGAGCUAGAGGUAUUACUAUUUCUACUGCUCAUGUUGAAUACGAAACUGAAAAUAGACAUUAUUCCCAUGUUGACUGGUAA